AAUACAGUUUGAUUAACACGAUGGUGGCGCGCCACUCAAAGAGCACAAUCUGAAAAGUUUGCGCAAAAGACUUUUCAGCCAAGGGCUACAGACCAAGGGAAUUUAAUACCAGUUGCCAUUUCUCAUAUGUGAAGAUAUGGAUCCAGAAAGUGCCAGCAUUUCCAGCAGCAAUGGACCAGGUUUGGCAUCUGCGCCAUCUGCACCUCCAUCGCAGCCAGUAAUCAAGAAAGCACCUGAGCUUCCGUUGAUUGAGAGAAGGAACUGGCUGAUACACUUGCAUUACGUCAGAAGGGAGUAUGAUGCCUGCAAGGCUCUCAUCCGGGAGCAGUUGGCUGAGACCCAUAGCAUGUGUGAAUAUGCACUCUAUGUACAGGGGUUGAUAAUGCGAGGGGAAGGUCAGGUACAAGAGUCACUGGAAGUGUUUCAGACCUGCUCGCUCAUAAACCCAAAAAAUCCGGACUACCUGAAACAGAUCGGGAGAUCAUUAUUUCUUUUAGCUAGACAUAAAUCAGCUUCAGAAAUCUACAGUGAGGCAUUGAAGUUGGAUGACAGUGACUGGAAAACUCAUCAUAAUCAAGGUAUCUGUUGGAUGUACUUAAAAGAACUGGGGAAGGCCAAAGAAAGUUUCAAAAAGGCAUUGCAUCUGCACAGAAACGAGAAAUCCUUUGUAAUGCUUGGAAAGGUGUUUCUCCAGGAGAAUGACCUUAACAUGGCCAUCGAUGUUUACAGACGUGCCGUCGAGUAUUCCUCGGAAAACCCUGAACUACUGACAGCACUUGGUCUUCUUUACAUGAAGGUAGAGUCAUACCAAAAAGCAUUUGAGCACCUAGGGAAUGCUCUCACAUAUGAACCGACAAACUUUGAAGCAAUAUUAGCUGCUGGUAGCAUAAUGCAAAUGCAUCGUGACCACGACGUCGCCCUGACCAAGUACCGCAUCGCAGCCGCACACGCGCCCGAGAGCGUGCCACUGUGGAACAACAUUGGCAUGUGCUUCUUUGGCAAGAAGAAAUAUGUGGCCGCCAUCAGCUGUCUGAAACGGGCAAACUACCUUGCUCCUUUUGAGUGGAAGAUUCUCUACAACCUCGGGCUGGUGCACCUGACAAUGCAGCAGUAUGCUUCCUCCUUCCACUUUCUCAGUGCUGCCAUCAACCUUAGGCCACGCAUGUCACAACUAUACAUGCUUCUUGCGAUUGCUCUGACUCACCUAGAGGAUCCAGAGAAUGCUAAACAAGCGUAUGAACAGGCUGUGGAGUUUGACCAGACGGACCCUGCCAUUCCACUCAACUACUGCGUGUUCUGCUAUAACAAUGACUUAAGGCCACUUGCCGUCAAGCAACUUACCAGCUUUGAGCAGCGACUCAACGCCAUGCGGCAGAAGAACAGUAUGGCACAGAUCGACAAGGAGCUCCUGGAAGUAGCUGCCAAGAUCUGGCGCGCAUUGCAAGUAGGUGACAGUUCGUCGGCGGAAAGCACAAAAUCUCCGUUCGUCGACACUCAGCUGUCAGCCGUGGCGAGCCAAACGCAGACGCCGCCCAAGGAUCCAGCAACGGAUGCCGAGUCGCCACGGCAACCGGCAGCAGUGUCCCCUCAGAGCAACGAGAUGGCAGCGGUUGACAACGCACCGAGUCCUCCGGUCAACGAUCCUGCUAUACUGGAUAAGGCAGAGGAGGCGAGGCAGAGGGCGACUAUGAGGCAGGCCUUACUCAGUGGCGAUUAAGCGAGAUUAAAGAGCCGAUAGCUUACGUGCGCAGUGACGGCGUUUCUAGCUUUCGUAGGAGGCUUCGAUCUACAUUCUCAAAGGACUACAUUUCACAUCAUUAAUGGACUUUGUUUCACAUCGUAUGGAGACUACAUUUUGCACCUUGAAAAGAGAUUAUUUUGCAGGCUUAAUGGACUUCAUUGUGCAUUCGUAACGGACUUCAUUUGGUAUGCUUCAGGGAAUUUAUUUGGCAUCGAUGAGGGUCAUUUCUCAUCUUAUUGUGGUUACUACUUAAGUGGUACUAAUAGUUCCACAGGUGCAAGGAUAUUGUCUGAAUGCAUGGAGCCUAGUACAUGUUCGGGCUUUCAUGUUUUGUAACUUGGCGAUAGCCAUGCGUACAGGCAGCUCACAUGUAUGAAGUGAAAUGAUGGAAUCUGAUAUGUGUAUGGUUUAUUGACUCUUCUGUAUGAUUCCAAAUAAGGCAUUGGCGUAUGUUAUUGUCCUUACUCGUGCUGUCGUCUGCAUCUGCAACAAAGGUGUUGAGUAGGUUAAGGAAGGUCAAUUGCCUUCAUAAUAUUUAAGAGUUUAUGGGCUCCAGAUACACAGCCGUCCACAGUUCUAUGACUACUCACUUCUACACUCUAUAUAUGGGCACUUCGACUGAUGUUGGGCAGUCGCCAAGAUUUUGAAUCUCCUGUCUACUCCUGGGUAGAGCUGCAUGUUAACCUUACAGCUAGGCCUGGAAAUCUGUGAACGACUGGAUGUUGGUAGUACAACUUUUUCUGUUACUGUUACUAUAUAUACGUUAUUAUAAUUUAUAUGUGAUACGUUCCGUCCAUAUUUCAGGGCUGCCAACAUUGGGUGAUAGGUUAGAGUGAGAUGCCAGGGAGCGAAGCGACCGAGCGGGGGGUGAGUGUGGGAAAAUGCACCAAUUUGUGCAAUUUGGUGCAUACUAAAGUGACUGUUUUCAGAUAUUGUAAGAUUUUUUUUGCUGUGCGUGAGAUA